GAACUAUCAAUCAGAAAAAUCUAAUCUCUGUUUUGGACAACUUUUUCAACAAUCAAUAUGAAGCUGUUUUAUUUUUUGUUUGUUCUGUACUCUACAAUAACAUUCUUGAAUGCUCAAGAAACCGCUGCAGGGAAAGAUGAAAACCACGAGGAUAUUCCUGUAGGGACACCUGUGGGUAUUCCAGGUCUUCCUAACAAUACAAUUUAUGUGCUGGAUGACAAUGGUACAUUGGUGCAGGGUGAAAUAAAUCCAGAUCCAAACAUACAAUUCUCCAUGUUCAGACCGGUAUUGGGAGAUAUCCAUUUUUAUUUGUAUACAAAAAUAGGAAAGCGUCCGUAUGAAUUAUUUGUAAAUGAUUCUAUUAAUUUAAGUAAGUCUCCAUUCAACUCGACAAACCCUACGAAAAUUUUGAUACAUGGAUUUUGGAAUUCUGGUCGAAGUCAAUUUUGCCAACAAGUUAAAGACACAUAUUUAAAUAAUGGUCAAUAUAAUGUAAUAGUCGUUGAUUGGGGAGCUUUAGCCAAACCUCCAUUUUACUAUACAGCUUCAAGCAAUACACGAUUUGUUGGUGAUAUCGUAGCGCAAUUAGUUGACAAUUUAGUACAGAAGGCUGGAAUGAAUUUAGACGAUUUACACAUAAUUGGACACAGUUUGGGUGCACAUACUGCUGGAAUAGCAGGAAAACAUAUUAAAUCAGGACAAUUGAAACGUAUUACCGGAUUAGAUCCAGCUUGGCCAUUAUACGAAGACUUAAGGCCUCAGACGGCUGAAUGGCGAUUAACAAAAGAUGAUGCUCUAUUUGUGGAUGUUAUUCAUACUGCAGGUGGAGUAUUAGGUUUCUUAUUUCCAAUAGGAGAUAAUGAUUACUAUCCAAACGGAGGUAUAAAUCCCCAACCAGGUUGUCUUGUUGAUCUUGGUGCAAGCUGCAGCCAUAGCAGAUCCUGGGAAUAUUUUAUGGAAACUAUAUACACUGACGCAGCUUUUCCUACUGAGGUGUGUGAAAAUUUAGAACAAAUAAAAGAUGGAAAAUGUAAACAAAAUGAAAUUGAUGUACCAAGUAUGGGUGAAAAAACUUUCAAAGACUUAAAGAAUCGACUUUUUCAUACAAAAACAAGGACCGAGAAGCCUUUCGCCUUUAAAUUAGGAGCAUAGAUUAGAUUAUAAAAUAAAAAUUCUGGUGAACUCUGAUAAAAUAAAAAAACGAUAAAAUAAAACUUUUCAAUAUAUCAUUUUGUAAUAAUAAUUUGUAUGAAAUAUG